AUGUCUCGUUCUCAUCGCCGUCCUUCAGACUACUCACGUGGAAGCAGUCCCCGUAUUGACCGAAACCUUGCCGUUACCGAAGCCAGCUUCCAAAACCUUGGGCUGAACGAGACCGCUGGAGCUCAAUAUCAGUCCGGCCCUUCUUCGUAUCUUUUGCCCGACCAGCGAAGUCGACGACCGUCGUAUCCCCGAAGCGAACUCAGUUCAGGUUACCUCCAGCCCGAUUACGUAUCCAGCAGCUAUACCCGAGCUGCAUCACCGGCUUCCUUCUCGGCUCUAGAGAACUCCACCUCGUUCGGAACAACUUUGCUAGAUCCUUCAGAUUACCAGCUUUUCUCCGACACUGGAACCUUUAGCACUCGUGCAAGCCCAUUCUCAACAAGCGUACUUGGCCGGACGGACAUGGGUAGUUACCCGUAUCCAUCAGACACAAUGACAAGCUACCGCGACACGAGCUCUUAUGGCCCAUCAAGGUCACCUUCUCAGCGAGGCUAUACCAACCCGAGCACGGAAGCUUCUUUAUCACGCAGUAUGUCUGGUCCCUCCGGUCCUAGCAUACUGCCAAGCUCGGCCUAUGGUGGAUUUAGAGGUUUAGAGCGUGAGGUUGCUCGGCAGCGGCAGCGAAAGCUCCAUGAGUCUCGCCGUCAGUCGAAGCUCCUUUUACGGAGGACUAUGCUGCCGAGCACCCCAUACGCUAGGCCGGGCGAGGCAGAUACUGAGAGCGGUUCGAUUGACUAUCUUUUAGCUCAUUCCGGAUCAUCAUACGAUAGCCACAGCGCUUACGGUCGAACCCCUUCGACUUCCUCAGCUCAAGGGUCUUACUUGACAGGCGUCUCAUCUUCCCCUUACGAUAAUCCUUACACAACAGCAUACGGUACAAGCGGCGUUGGCUCGCACACGAUGUACUCUUCAAGCUCUCAAAACCCAAGUCUUUCUACCACGUCCAGUGCCAUAUAUGGCUACCGCGGCGAUAGGCGAGGCUCUGGUGUACCAUCGAAUAUGGAGCCAGUCGUGAUUGAGACUCCAAAGAAACCUCAAUGCUGGGAUCACGGCUGCAAUGGCCGUCAAUUCUCUACGUUUAGCAAUCUCCUUAGGCACCAACGGGAGAAGUCCGGCACGUCAUCAAAGUCCGUCUGUCCUCGCUGCGGUGCAGAAUUCACGAGGAAGACAGCCAGAGACGGGCAUUUGGCGCACGACAAGUGCAAGGCAAGAUCCUCGUCGGAUCGUUGA